AAUCAUAUGAUUGAAUUUUCAUAAGUGUUGACAAUAGAUAUGUAGUUUUCCGGAAUUCCGAUUGAAACAACCCCCGUCGGGGGUGUAGCUCCUUCCGUUAACCACCGAGGCUGUUCGAUAACUGUACCAGGAUUAGCUCUACACAGUUUAAUGGUAUUUUAAAAUGUGGAGAACUAUAAAAAGGAUUUCUUGUUGUGUCGUUAGAUACAAGAGACCUCGUACGGUUUUGGUUUGAGCUUAAGUGCGGAUAAGAUGAAAGAAAAUUUGUGAAAUUUAACGAUGUCGUUGUUAUUCCUAAUUUGUAACUUCCACGACCUCGCGUUCCUCAUAGCGGGGUUGACUUUAUUGAGUAUUCUUGUCAAAGCGUAUAUUGAAAUUUCAGGAGCGGGAAGGCAAUCGUCCAUAAACGGGUCCAAUUCUAGAAGUGUCAGCAGUCCUACGAGUCCUACCAACAGUUCACGGAGUCGUAUAGAAAGUGGGAAAAUGUCCACAGACGAAUCUUCAAACGUAAAGAAAAGGUUUAAAAGUAAAUCAAAGAAAUCCUCGUAUGACAGAAGCUACAGUACUAGCAGUGAAGGCACCAAGGAUAAAAAGAGGAAAGAAUCUACGAGAGGUAAGUCAAUUAGUCCACAAUCCGAAACAUAUUCAUCAGAAGCCGAUGGAGGUGAUAAUAAUGAAACUUCUGUCAACUCAUCGAGCGUCUGGGAGAAAAGAGGUCGAUCUAGGACACCUCGUAAAUUAACCAUUACGAACAAUAGCGAUGAGAAUUGUGACAUUUCAUCUAUAACAACUGGCAAAAAACCAUCAGCAGAUAGGAAAUCUAUAACGACGGCAGAGCUUACGUCUGAUGGGUGUAAUGCUGGAGACAACCACGAAAUUAAACGAGAGUUUAGCAUACAUAAGUCCAGGUCUGCUUCUUUGAAUGUUAAAAAAGCGAGUGAAGUUAAUAAACCGACUCUGACAGAAACAACAUACAACAUUUUGCGAGAUGUAAGCCCGAAAUUCGUCUAUAAGGAAAAGGUUCAGAGACAGAAUACAAUUCAACCACCUGUACAUAAAGGAGUACCUGAGCCUCUUAUCACUAGUAAUAUAAUUGUCGAAGUGGGUAAUGACACAAGUUCCCAAAGAUUGAUAUGGGAGCACGAACCCCAGCCGAAGUCUACGUGUAACAAAGGGACUAUAAAAAUUGAUUUCGAAAAUAACGGCAGGAUACCUGAUUACAAACUGUCAAAAGGUAAAAGCAGGAAACCCAAAGCUUUUGCGAGUUCACGGCCGUUUGGAGGACUUAGUUCGGAGCCGGCACCGAGUGAAAUCGAAGUGGGAAAGAAUGCUUGCAGUAGCAAAAGGGUGCGUUCGAAGUCCGGUAGUAAAAAAAGGAAGGUUCGUUCGACAUCGCCACCGAAAAAAGCAGUUGGGGCUAAGAACGUGAAGCCUCCAGCAGGGGUUAAUACGACGACUCUCGUAAAGAAAGUCGUCACUUCCAAAAAACCCGACACUCACUUAGACAACACCCAGCCUGCUUUAAAAUCAUUAAUAAAUGCAACCAAGGGAGUCAAUCCCAGUGCACAAAUCAACACAAAUACCCCCUACACAGAAAGCGAUGCUAGAAACAAAUUAGGGCCAUGCGGAACCCUGAAUGAUUACGAUGGAAUCAACAAAGCUAACCCACGUGCGGGAGUCGGCAUGAAUAUCUUCGCCGAAAAGGAUGCUGGAAAGAAAACCGGGUUUUCCGAAGGAAAUCGUCCUGCGACUUACAUGAAACGCGACAAUACAUUGCUCUCGGGAGGUCUUCGGUCAAAUCCACUUCAAAAUGAUUACGGGGCAGUCAAGAAAACUAACCCAGCACGAGGAGGUGCAGGAGUCACCAGCACGAAUAUCUGCGGUGAUAACGGUGCUGGAAUGAAAAUCGAGCCUGACGGAGGAAUUUGUACCACAACUGCUUACUCAAAACGCGAUGAUACUGGGCCCCGUGGAGAAGUCCGUUCAAAACCAAUCCACAACGAAUAUGGUACAGGCAAGAAAGCCAACCCAUGUGGAGGAGUCGGCACGACUAUCUCUGGCGAACAGGACGCUGGAAAGAAAAUCGGGCCUUGCGCAGGAAUUCGUACCACGACUGCUUAUACAAAACGCGAUGAUACAGGGCCCUGUGGAGAGGUCCGUUCAAAUCCACUCUACAACGAAUAUGGCACUGGCAGAAAAGCCAACCCAUGUGGAGGAGUCGGCACGACUAUCUGCGGCGAAAAGGAUUCUCGAAAGAUAAACUGGCCUUGUGGUGGAAAUCUUCCGUCGACGACUUACGUGAAAAACGAGGGUGCGUUCCCCUGUGGAACAGCUCGUGCAAAUUCACUCCUACGUGGAUACGACAUUACCACGAAAGCCAACCCCUGUGCUGGAAUCAACAAGAAAUCUUUGUAACGUGAAAAGAGAAUCAUUGUUGAAGUAACGGAAUAUAAUUAGGUCAAAAUAGUAAAUGCUUAAACAAGAUGAUCUACAUCUAUAGAUGAAAGAUUUUCGGUGGCGGUAGUCACAUCAGGAAUAAAAAAGCAGGUAUAUUCUAAGGCACUCGAUUUGAAAAGUUCCCAAUCCCUAAAAAGGGUGUGGUUUUUUACUCUAAACCAAAUAAUCUUUUAUUCAUGAUGAAGCUUUUGCUUCACCUUGAUGUUGACAAUUUGCAUGGUUUUCAAAGCUCGAGUGAAAUAUAGCAAUAAUCCUUGCCCAAAACAGAUGGUUACAUUUACUUCACAAAAUGGCAAAUUGUUGUUAUGACUUCCACGAAUUUCUCUUAUUCUGUAUAGCUAUAGUUCUUGCCGGGUUAAUCGUCUACUAUUACAAGAACUAUGCGAGGAACACUGCGCUCGCUAAUUAAUGUUUUAAACUGGACGGGCUCGUGUUCGGACUAAUUGAUCCAUGCGACGUCUAUCCUCUCAUGAUAGCUUUUAUGGUCGCACUCGGCAUGUACGCUAUUCUGACCCUCGCUGACGGCUUCUGCAACAGGACGACGGGAGCUUAAGACAAGGAGCUCGUCGGCACGGAUUGGGUUUUCUAUGGGAAUAAUCAAGUGAUCUGUAUCCUUUUUCCAUCUGACAAUUUGGUGAUCGAUGAACUCAGUGAGCUGCGUUCUGAGUGCGAGGUCCGAACUCACAAUGAAACUAUCCCUGCACUGCCUGUACAGUUCGGAAAACAGCAUACCUAUGGAUACGAGGGCAAUAGAUUACACAUAUCAACAUUACAACACUACAUACAUUCACACAAAUAAACCCUGUGAAAAAUCCUA